UUCUUGGGAGAACUUAGGGAAAGGUCCAAUCUGACGUCAUCAAUUCAGAAAAGAAUUUUCGCUUUAAGUUAACAGUUAACCACGCCCAACGUGUACACAGGUAAACUCAGGCGAGUCUCUCAUAAAUCAUUCAUUCAUUCUGAGUGUUGGAAGGGCAUCGGGAGAGAUGGCAGAUUCCCAGAUCUUGUGUAUGGAGGACGGACUCAUGCCCGCCGAUGUGCCCGAAACAAACCCGCGCUUCUACUACAGCGAACGGCACCGGGUAGCGCUCGAGGAGCUUCUCAAAAACGGAGACGGUGCCUUUAAAACUCUCCUAAAGGAAGAAAAAAGCACAGAUUUCCUCUCCGCCCGAGAACUCAAGACCAUCACCAGCACUUUUAUGACAUAUAAAACCGACGAGGAAGAAGCAAAACCGGAGACCAAAGAGCAAAACCAUGACUCGAAGUCCAUGCGCUCCACAUACUGGCCAGAGAUGUCGGAUACGGAGGUGCCCGCGCUGGAUAUGGGGUGGCCCACAUCCGGGAUCUUCAGAGGAGGGACCCAGAUCACCGUCUACACACACCCACCCAAAGAAAACGAACCGCAUAUCAGACAAGUUGUGAGGAAAUUAAUCCAAGAAUCCUGCAAGGUGAUUGCUAUAGUGAUGGAUCUGCUGACAGACAUACAGAUUCUACAGGACCUGUUUGAUGCAUCCAAGCGUGGUGUGCCCGUCUACAUAGUGCUGGAUGUGCAGGGAGCUCCACACUUUCUCGACAUGUGCAACCGACUAAAAGUUGGUGCUAGAGAGCUGAAGAAUGUCCGAACUCGAACCGUCAAGGGCAUCGGAUUGGAUCUGUCAUUUGGAAAAAUCCCAGGAAACGUUCACAGCAAAUACAUGCUGAUCGAUGGAGAUAAGGUCGUGUUUGGGACGUACAGUUAUUCUUGGAGUUGUUCUCGGAUGGAUAGAAACAUGAUCACUUUGAUGUCCGGUCAGGUGGUGGAAUUCUACGAUAAUGAUUUCCGUGAACUUUACGCCAUCUCUGACAAACUCGACCUCUUUAAAGAGUUUCACCUGACUACGCCACAAACCGGGACGCUAUCACAGGCAGCAGUGACCCGACGACCUUUAAACACCACCUCACGCUUCCAGGUCAAUCUAGGAGACAUGUCACGCGGCAAAGUACCGGCACACAAAUACCACAACCCCAAAUACCUGCUAGCCCUCGGACAGAUCCCAGAUCCCAACCCGACCUCAACGCUGGAAGUCUUCCUCAAUUCACUGGAAACACCUGCGCCGGAUCAGCAGGAUCAGCUGGAUGAACAACCGGAAAACCCAACACCAUCCAAGACCGGCUCGGAGGAUUCCAAAGGACUCCAGAAACAGAGCUCGAAGAAGAAACGUGGGUUUUGGUCCGGGUUUCUUAAAAAGAAAUCCAAGAAAGAAAAUGAACCUCCUACGGAAGCAUCUGCUCCAACAGACAAAACUAAACAAACACACACUACAGACAACACAACUAAACAAACACACACUACAGACAACACAACUAAACAAACACACACUACAGACAACACAACUAAACAAACACACACUACAGACAACACAACCAAACAAACAGACACCACAGAUGAACAGACAGACGAGAACUCUAAAAUGACUGACAAAGGGAAAAAAAAGAAAAAAGGUUUAAAUGUAUUUAAAAAAGCAAAAUAAGUAUUAUAAGUUAAGGACUCUUUCAUAAGAGUGAUGGGUUUUAUGUUCUAAAGGGACGCACAACAUUUACCUCUACACAACUUCGAAUGUAUCUCCUAAAAUCAUUUAAUACUUUCUUUUAAUUAAAGUCUCCCUAUGGUGAAAAUCAAGUUUUUAUUGUUGUUUGGUGUUGUUAAGAGCACCGAUUUCAUUGCUAAAAAAGGUUAUGUUCACUGUUAGACUUAACUGUAAUUUCUACAGUUACUUACCACAAAAUGCCCAGUAAAAUACCAUCAUUUUCUUUUCCAGUUCAUUACUGUAAUAUGCAUUGCAUUAUGGGUAUUAACAUUUAAUUUACAGUGAUUUACUGUAUGUUUUGAAUUUGCGGUAGACUGCUGUAAAACAACAGCAGUAGUGUCACUGUAGUUGAAUAAAACAGUGUUAUAGAAGCAUAUAAAAUAGA